UCUGCACCGAAUGGUUGCAGAUGAAUGUCAGAACUACAUGAUCUAAAGGAACGUAUAACUGUUUGGCGACUGAAACAUUAAGUCCAAGUCUUGGAGUCCGGCCGUGGAAGGUUUUGGGGAUCCUGGUUGAGUUGCAAAAAUGGCUUCUCCUCGAGAUGCAUCACGUGAUGAUACUGCCCUCCAUGAUGCCUGCAGGCUGGGAAAAUUCGACAAGGUGAGACAACUCCUGUUUGAGGGUCGAGUUGACAUCAACAGCAGGCACCGCGGGAGAACACCUGUACUGAAGGCAGCCUACAAGGGCCACAGAGACGUGCUGGACCUACUGAUCAGUAAAGGAUGUGACGUGUCACUGCCAGAUGACGACGGUAACAACAUCCUUCACGUGGCCUGUAUGGGUGGGCAUGUGAAGAUAGUGAAGCAUGUCAUUAAGAAUGACUUCGUGAGCAUCAACAGUAGAGGACAUUGCGGGAGAACACCAUUGAUGCUUGCAGCAAAGAAUGGGCAUAAAGAGGUCUUUGAUCUCCUUCUGAGUAAAGGAUGCGAUGUGUCACUAGUGGAUGGUGACGGCAACAACAUCCUUCAUCUGGCUUGUAUUGGGCAGCAUAUGACGAUAGUGAAGGAUAUCCUCUCACACGACAUCAUCGACGUCAACAGUAGAGAACAGAGUGGACGGACGCCGCUGAUGUUGGCUGCAACGAAGGGACAUCACGAGGUGUUUGAUUUGCUUGUCAACAAAGGAGCCGUUAUGGCACUAGUGGAUGACGACGGUAACAAUAUACUUCACCUUGCCAGUUUUGGAAGAAACGUGAAGAUUGUCAAUUUCGUUGUCUCUAAGAACAUAGUGGACGUGAACAGCAGGGGAGAGCACGGGAGGACGCCCCUGAUGUUGGCGGCAAUGAGGGGACACAGAGAUGUCCUUGACCUUCUUGUCCUUAACUAUGAACUGUUCUGUAACCCCCAACCCCCAUUUGCCAAGCCCUCAACCCCCAAACCCCAUCCCCCAACCCCAUCCCUGACCUCAACCUCCAUCCCCAUCCUCCAAACCCCAACCUCCAUCCCCCCACUCCCCAACCUCCAACCUCCAUCCCUGAACCUCCAUCCUCCAUCCCCAACCCCAACCUCCAACCCCCAACCUCCAUCCUCCAACCCCAACCUCCAUCCUCCAUCCCCCAACCUCCUCCGUCCCCAACCUCUCCAAUCCUCCAUCCUCCAUCCCCCAACCUCCAUCCUCCAUCCCCAACCUCCAACCCCCAACCUCCAUCCUCCAACCCCCAACCUCCAUCCCCCAACCUCCAUCCUCCAUCCCCCAACCUCCAACCCCAACCUCCAACCUCCAUCCUCCAUCCUCCAACCUCCAACCUCCAACCCCCAACCUCCAUCCUCCAACCUCCAACCCCCAACCUCCAACCCCCUGACCUCCAUCCUCCAUCCCCCAACCUCCAUCCCCCCAACCUCCAUCCCCCAACCUCCAACCCCAAACCUCCAACCUCCAACCUCCAACCUCCAUCCCCAACCUCCAUCCUCCAACCUCCAACCUCCAACCUCCAUCCCCCCAACCUCCACCCCAUCCUCCAACCCCCAACCAUCAACCACCAACCUCCAACCACCAACCUCCAACCUCCAUCCCCCAACCUCCAUCCCCAACCUCCAUCCCCAACCCCAAUCCUCCAACCCCCAACCUCCAACCUCCAACCUCCAUCCCCAAGCCCCAACCUCCAUCCCCUAA